CAGUCAAAUGCUAUAAAAAAUCAUUUCCUUUGGUUCCCUUUGAAGAAGCGAUACUACUGAUGCGUAAGGUAGUAAAUGAAGCUUUACACUACAUAGGAAGAGAGUGUGAAGUAGUGAAGUUGAGUGAUGCCUGUGGCAGAAUAUUGUGCCAAAAGAUAAUCUCCCGAUACGACGUGCCGUCAUUUAAAUCCGCUACUAAAUCUGGAUAUGCAGUUUUGAUAACUGAUGGGAAGGGCUUAAGAAGAGUGUUGAACGUGAAAAAUGUAUUUCCCUCGUUGUCGCUUAAACCAGGAACAUGUGUCUGGGUGAACAAAGGAGAGCCCAUUCCCGAUGCAGCAACUGCGGUUGUACAGGAACAGGAUACACGGCUGAUGAAAAUAUUAGUAAACAGUAACGAAAAUGACGAUUUAUAUAUCAAGAUAAUGAUUGAACCAAAAGACGGAGAAAACAUCAAACCUAUCGGUUACGAUUUACCGAAAGGAACUAUCGUUGCAUUUGAAAACACGCGUAUUAGUCCACUGGAGAUGGGACUCUUGGCAGCUUCGGGCUGCCAAAUGAUUCCAGUCGUUAAGCCCAUAUCUAUUGGCCUGUUGUCUAUCGGAGAUAAUUUAGAAGAAUCUGGAAAAUCUUUAAAACCAGGACAUAUGUACGACAUUAACAGGAUAACUCUAACGUUGUUACUAAAAGAGAAGGGUUUUGACUCUGUAGAUUUCGGAAUCGUGAACAACAAUUUGCAAUCUAUACGGAAUAAAAUACGAGAAGCUUUAAAGGAAGUAGAUGUACUUGUGACAACAGGCUCGAGCAACGACAAAGAUUUAUUAAAGACUAUUUUGAUGGACGACUAUAAAGCUACAAUACAUUUUGGAAACGUGGAUAUAAAACCGGGAAAGUCGACGGCACUCGCAACGUGCCAAAUCGAUGGAGUACGAAAAUAUUUCUUUUGUUUCUCGGGUAAUCCAGCAUCUGCUGUCAUUGCCGCACAGUUAUUCCUUCUGCCCUUUGUAAAUGAAAUCUGCUAUAAUUUCCGAUCGAAUUAUGUCGAAAUAAAAAGUCUGAUGAAGUAUCAGUAUACCCAGCACACUCGUGCCAGAAUUGCAUGGACGCUUUUGGAGUGGACCAAUGAGGAGGAGCACGCACUGGCUUUCGGCAGGGGGAACGCCAUCAAUGACAAGUUCAUUAGUUCCGCAGGUGCUAACGCUCUUGUAAUACUGCCGAAGAAAGAGGAGACCAAGGUGCCACCUGGCACAUAUUUAGUAGCGAAACUUAUCAACUUUCCUAAAAGAUUUAAUGAAAAGGAUCCUAUCGUCAAGUAGUCUUUCGUCAAGUGGUCCUUGACAUUUAUGUAUGGUACAUGUAUAUCUGAUAACUGAAGAAAAAAAUCUGAAAUGCUACCAUUUUACAAUGAUCUUUUUUAAACCCAAUUGUAUUGUUAACUGAUUAAUUAUAUACAACCAUUAAGAACUUUA